AUGCUGUCAGAGACUGGAGCUGCGGGGAAGUGCACCACGGUUGGAAGACGGCCGCCGCAAAUGAAGCCGUCGCAAGAGGGCGGGAAAAAACGCAUCGGAGAGGAAGAAAAGGCGAGAAAAAACAGCCGCGGGCUCAUGGGAAGUAGUCUGCGGCGGGUAAUAGAUCGCGGAUGGGCCGCGGUCUCUUCUGAGGAGAGCCACGGCCAGCUGAUUAACAAGUCAGGCGAAACCUCCGUAUGGGAACAGAUCUCCAGAUAUUUAAAGGAGAAUUAAUUAAUGUAAAAAAUAUUAGUGGAUGUGGUGACUACUACUGAGUUGGUAAUAAGGAAGAUGUGUGAUAUAACAAAGACCAAAUGUGUCCCAUUAAAAAUAAGGUUUCCUGAGAGAAUAUAAAAAGGAGUCUGGUGGCACUAUAUUCUGAUGUUUGGUUGAAUUUUUAUUUUUUAUUUUUUUAACAUUGUUAACUAUUUCUUUGCUGGGACUUACAGUAAAGAAAUAAGCAAAUAUGAAGCCUCCUGUCUUGCUAUAAAAUUACUUGGCUUGUUGCUAGUAUGCAAAGAAUUUCUAGUUCUUCAAAAUUAUCGACUUUCAUUGGCUUAUUUUUUUUUUAAUUUUAGUGGAGGAUGGAAAACAUGGUCUCCAAUGUGGCUGUGUGGAGCAGGCCUUUCUAACAGCACUGUAGGCAUCAUCGGCUUGGGCAGAAUUGGUAACUAUAGCUGCUAUUUUGAUGGGUAAAUCUGUUCUAACAAACUGUAGUUAAUUUCAAGAAGCUUCCUGUAAGUUUAAGUCAAUACCGAACAGUGACUGCAAACACUGGCAAUCUAGUUUGUGUGAGCUUCCUGUGAUGCUUCAGUGUGAAGAAAACAGACUUGAUUUCAGGAUUUCUUCUGUCGUUUGUUUGUUUUUAAGCUUUAUUGGUUCGGUAGAUUAAACUACCGAACGCAGACCACCCUCCUGGCCCAUUAUCUACAAAGGGAACCAUCAUUUGAGCGCUCCCUCGGUGGCCACCGUUCAGUCAAACAGUGGCCAUCUUGUUUGCACAAAAGGGAGCAGUGGGACUUGUUUGAGUGUCUGGACACUCAACUUCCCGAACACCGAUGAGAACAUUUGAACACCUUUUUGUUGCCAAACAGUUAGGAGAGCGCUAUUCGGUAGUUUGGCUCCCACAAACAAGGGGAACAAUCGCUUCUAUGAGCUAGGAGGCUCUGUUCAUGGGUUUAUUUUUUAUUUUAUUUUAUUUUUUUUAUUUUUUUUUUAAUGCACUUUUCCAAAUUGACUGACUGCACACACUGAACUGUUUUGGGCAGGAGCCUCGUGCGGUCGGUGAACUAAGAUUCCACACUUUUUGAGAAUUAAAUGCUUUACAAAUAUGUAAACUGCAUUUUUAGUGUGCAUCUUUAUUUUCUCUCUAGGAUUGGCUGUAGCACGUCGUCUUGUCCCAUUUGGUGUGAAAAGGUUUAUAUACACAGAUUUCCAGGAAAUACCUGAAAAUGCCAAGGAGAUAAACGCUGAAUAUGGUAAGAAUAAAUGCUAUAACUGGGAAUAGCAUGGGGAUUUAAGGCCCAUCUUGGAAUCGUAUAAAUACAGCCCUCCAAUGGAUGCCAUUCCAUUGUGACUAGUCAAAAUAUUUUAAGUAUGAUACUCCUCUGGGUGCUUCCAGUCUCGUGUAGAAGUCAGUCCCCUAAGCUUGGUACCCUUCUGUAGAUGAGAUGUUUCUAUAGGGAUUUUAUGCAUUAUCACUUUAUAUAGCUAACUGUAGCUGCAUAUUGGCUUAAAUUAUGUUAAAAGGCCAGAUUUCAGUGACCUUGAUCAACUAAGUAAUGGGGACAACUAGCUAGAGAUGUUUGUGUGGCAGCAGCUUGCUCUGGCUGAUUCUACUAAUGUGAGUGUCAAACUGGCUUUGUUCUCCCCAUCUUUAGUCUCUAAUGAUAAGAUUGCAGAAGAUUCAGACUUUGUCAUUGUGAAUUGCUGUCUAACCCCUGAGACUGAAGGGCUCUGCAAUAAAGACUUCUUUCGGAGAAUGAAAAAGACAGCUAUACUCAUCAACACAAGUCGGUAAGUCUGUGUUCAAACCAAAUGCUAAAAUGCUCUAUGGUGGUCUUCUCCCCGACCCUCUCCCAAACUGAUGCUCUCCGCCUAUCAGAAGGAACACCUUAAGGUUCCCUGCAAGUAAUGUACCGCAGAGGUAACUAGAGCAUCAUCUUUGGGAAUAAACUGGUGGCCUUAUAAAUGCAUAAUGAAACUUGGUGAAACUGCACCUGCAUGAAUGGGCAGACCAACCAGAAGUCGUGACUGGAUUAAGAGCCCAUUAGGCCUAACUACAGAAAAUGGCUAUACCUCCCAAGCGUGUAACUAGUGGAGGUGGUACUGGAGGGACCUCACAGGAUGAAUUUACAAGAAUACAUAUCUUAUGCUAAUCUCUUGCCUUCAUCUUCCAAGUAAAUCCAACACCCUAACAUCAGUGUCCAGUGAAGCAGGAUGUCAGAUGGGUUAAAAGUAUGGGCCACUGACGCAAAUAUUGUAACCAGAACUGCCCUAAGGGGUGUGUCUGCUCAAAGAAUUGGAAGGCCAGCCUGUAUGAUUGGAAGGCAGCCUAAGGACAUACUGUGCAGACAGCACCCUGAGCUCAGCAGAAGCUAUUAGUCUGGGGACCAGGAAAAGUUGUAUGUAGUGAGUGUAGAAGAAAGGGAAAUGAGUGUAGAUAUCGAAGCAGCAAGAAUAGUGCAAAAAGUUCCCCUACAGCCAUACUUCUAGCUGAAAAAAGUGAAUAGUAUAAAACUUUGUGUUUUUGUUUGUUAAAUCAAUGGGCCUGGAGCUGCAGCUCAACUGGACCCUAUGUUAAUCCAACCCUGCCAGUCUAACUACAACUUGCAAAGUCUAAAAUGCAAUUUACAUAACAGAAAAGGCUCCAUCGAAACAGUCUAGUGUCUGGCAAAGCUUGAGCACAAGGUCCAAGGUUUUGUAAAGAGAUUUCAAUACUAAUGAAGAAAACUGAUCUCUUAUCCAAUACUAGGAUGUGCAUGGGCAAAAAGUUCAAUUCGAAUUCUGAACUUCGGCAUUUCCCCUAACCCUAGUAGGGUUGGGGUUAGAUUCUUGUCGUCAUUCCCUUAAUUUUCCCUCCCUCUCCUGUUUUGCCACUUUUCAGAAAUUCAGCACUUCUGAAAUUCGGCAAUUUUUUAAGCAUCUGAAAUUCAUCAGAAUUUAAAUUCGGACAAACAAAUUGCACAUGUCUGUCCAUACUACUUCCAGUGGAAGAACGGAGUUUGAAUGAAUGGGCUGUGACUGUUGUAAAUGCUUCUUACUACAGUUCCUCUCCCAAUAACCAUGGGACUUUUAUUUUAUUUUAUUUUUUGUGGAUCAGGGCAAUGGCCACAACAUUCUUAAAGGACCACUAUAGUGCCCUGAGGGUGCCCCCACCCUCAGGGUCCCCCUCCCGCCUGGCUCUGGAAGGGGGAAAGGGGGAACUUACCUUUUUCCAGUGCUGAGCGGGGAGCUCUCCUCCUCCGUUCUUCCCCGGCGGCUGAAUGCACACGCGCGGCAGGAGCUGCGCGCAUUCAGCUGGUCGCAUAGGAAAGCAUUAUCAAUGCUUUCCUAUGGACGCUUGCAUGCUCUCACUGAUUUUUCACAGUGAGAAUCACACAAGCGCCUCUAGCGGCUGUCAAUGAGACAGCCACUAGAGGCUUUCUCUGAAACUGCUAUGUUUAUAAAAGAAUGGGUUACGCCUAGCUGGACCUGGCACCCAGACCACUUCAUUAAGCUGAAGUAGUCUGGAUGCUUAGAGUGGUCCUUUAAACCCUGUCAGCUGCUGGGUGAGAGUCCUACAAUCUCUCAAAGAGCCCAACACAGCUGUCACUAGCCACAAUCUGCAAUGUGCUAGCUAUAGUCUUCCCAAGGUGACACUACAUCUUACUCACUUUGGCUGCACUGUCCAGCAAUCCCACCUGCUGUGAUAGAGAAAAAGCAGAGCGAUGACACACCAUAAUUCCCCCAAAAUAUGACACCACUUCCCUAAGCAUUCUACAGAUUGCCACCUAAACUGCCUGCUCAUCUCCCUUAUCCUUCCCCCUAGUCUGCCACCUCAACUGCCUAAUUCAUCUCCAGAUUGCCACCUAACCUACACAAUCUCUUCCCAGCCUUUUUGCUCUUCUCUCAGCCAUCCACCUCACUGUCACACCACACAUGAUUGGCUGCAGUGCACAUGUGGUAAGCCAAUCCCCUGCGCAGGCACACAUGCACACUUAAUCAAAAUAAAGACUCUGCACUCAAACAUACAAACUACAUCCCAGCACACAUGCGCUGCAUCCCCUAGAAACACAGAAUCUCUAGCACACACAAUUAAUUUGCUACACCCUACAAACCCUGUCAAAUUCUACAUCUCAAACACACUGCAUCCUCAGCACAUGCAAUAUUCCUUACAAAAUGUCUCCUAUUCACACAGUGAAGGAAACACUCACACUACAUAUUCCAAAUGGCAGAAACAAAUGCUGGCCAUCCAAAACAGCACUUAAGAUACCAAUUGUGUAAAUGUGCACAGUGGAAGUUUGGGCUGGUUUUUGAAUGUCACAAACUUAAAAAAAAAAAAAAAUUCCUUCCAGGUAUGUUCUGUAUGGUGUCCACACAGCAAUAUUACAAUAUGCCUUCUGCAGGGAAGCAUCAAAUCCCAUACUGCCCUGUUAUGCACUUUUAGCCACAUGCUUUGCACACAAAUGAUCUGUUCUGUAGUACUUAUAUUAAACAUUGUAAAUAACAAGCCUAUGUAUAUGAACCAUAAAGAUGGUUUGUAAUGUCUACAUUUGAGUUGCUGAACUUCUAUCCUCCCUACCCAGAGGUCCUGUAGUAAACCAAGAAGAUCUUCAUGAUGCCUUGACAAGUGGGCAGAUUGCAGCUGCUGGCCUGGAUGUUACAACUCCUGAACCUAUUCCGACAGAUCAUCCCCUACUCAGCCUGAAAAACUGUGGUAUGUGGUUUUUUUUUUAUUUUUCCUUUUUUUUUUUUUUAAACUUUUAAUGGCUUUGUCUUUCUAAGUGGAGUAGUAUUUACAACCUGCUUGUGUCAAGAUAUUUUCUGUGUUCAAUACAGAAUUAUCAUACUGUAGUUACACCUUGUUUGGUGGGGGGAAAUAGAAUACAGGUUACAAAGCAAUUCUGCAGCAGUCAAUCUAUUUAUGGAAACAUGUCAAUGUAAAAUAAAGUUUAAUUUGAAAGCUGCUGUAGGAGACCCCUAAUAUUGUUUGAUGUGGACAUUGCUGGGAUUUGAAGGAAUAGGACAACCAUAUGUAGAAUAAAAGCACUGGCUGUAAUGAGAUCCAUUAAUAUAUGGAGACAAACUUGGUGCCCAGACAGUUGGCUUUAAUGUAAGCAAUUCUAGUUUAAUUUUUGAAAAGGUAAAUGAGAAUUGCAUAUGCAAAAAGGGUGGGAAAUGCUUCCUCAACCCAUUGUAAUGAUGGAUUAAAGGACUGCAUGCACUUAUUUGUGCAAAAUACACAUCUCAUAUCUCCAUAUUCUGGCUAACUUGUUCUGUUCUUCACAGUGAUUUUACCUCAUAUUGGAAGUGCCACUCUCGACGCAAGAAACGCAAUGUCUGUCCUGACCGUAAAUAAUCUGCUGCAAGGCCUAGCUGGAGAGCCAAUGCCCUGUGAAGUAAAACUGUAACAAUGUCAGGACAAACUUCCAUCCCUAGAAAAUGACUUUCCAAGACGUUCUGCACUACGCCAUGCUCACAAUUAAAC